GCUGGUUAGUUCCUCGUUUGCGUCCUGUUUGAAAUGAGCCUAUUGACUUUCUUUCUUAUGUGGUUUGAUAAUAAUCAACGCCGUUCCGGAAAUUAUACCCACCAGUUUAGUCGCACGUUUUGAGGUCGAUUUUUAAAAUGCCGGUAAGCUAUCUUCAGCUGUUUACAAAAAAUGAGGGCGAUGAGCUAAUGAGCUUUCGUGUAUAAUGGUGUUAUCCCCGGUGACGUCAUGGAUCCUGCAUCUCGCCUUCCUCACUUUUUGCGCAUCUCUGGUCCAGUGGUUAAUCCGUUACGUCCAGCAUUUGCGAAGGUUACCGCCUGGCCCUUAUGGGCUUCCAGUCAUUGGAUACCUGCCUUGGAUUGACCCCAAGAAGCCUCAUAUUACCCUCACAAAUUUGGUGUCUAAGUACGGAAAAAUAUACUCUCUGAAAUUCGGUAAUUUGACAACUAUCGUGCUCGCUGACCCGGUGCUAAUCAGGGAGGCUUUCAGAAAGGACGUCUUCUCCGGCAGAGCAGAUUUAUACGUCACUCAUGGUAUUAUGGAAGGCUAUGGCUUAAUCGUGCCCGAAGGAGAAAGAUGGAAGGAGCAGCGGCAGUUUGCAGUAUCUACACUGAGAGAUUUAGGCAUGGUGAAGUUCGGUGCAAAAAGAAGUCAUAUGGAACAAAGGAUAAUGAAAGGCGUGCAGGCCUUAUUUCGGUCCCUAGAUGCCUUCGGAGGGAGUGAUGUGGACCUGACUCACCCUCUCUUUCAUUCGGUAGGCACAGUGAUGUAUUCUCUAGUUUUGGGCAAAACUUGGGACCAUGACGAUCCGAUGUGGAUUUGGCUUCGGGAGAAAAUGGAAGAAGGAGUCCAAAUGAUGCAGGUCGCAGGUCCUAUCAAUUUUCUCCCUUGGUUGAGAUUCAUACCGAAGUUCAGGAAGAUGAUCGAGUUCCUGAUCAGUGGAAAGAAAAAGGAGCACGCACUCUACGAGCAAUUUUUCAAGGAGAAUCAGGGAAUCCUCGGUGAGGCGGACAGCCUUGCGACUGCUUACAGGCUGGAAAUGGAGAGGCGGCAGGACUCCCCGCAGGGGUCCCACUCUUUCGUAAGGGAGCAAUGUGACCACUUUCUGGCCGAUCUCCUUGGCGCUGGAACUGACACUACUUGCACCUCCAUCAAGUGGUUCCUCUUGCUACUUGUGAUCCAUCCCCAAGUUCAGGCAGAGAUCCAGGAGGAAUUGGAGCAACUGGAAUGUGUGGACGGAUUGAUCGGGCUCGAGGGGAUGGAGGAUGCUGUGCUGCUGCGAGCUGCGUUCGCUGAGUCAAUGCGUCUCCGUCCCCUGACGACCCUCGGGAUACCCCACGCGACGAGGGCCGCCACGGACCUGGCCCAAUUCCACAUCCCCGAGAGAAGCAUGGUUAUACCCCUCCUCUGGGCCAUCAACAUGGACCCCCAACUUUGGACCGAUCCCCUGGAAUACCGCCCAAGGCGCUUCAUCGACGAGAACGGUAGAUUCGCCAAGCCCGACCACUUCAUGCCCUUCCAAGUCGGUAAAAGAAUGUGUCUAGGUGACGAGCUGGCAAGGAUGAUGACCUUCCUCUUUUGUGCGAAUGUUUUGCACAGGUACAAAAUAACUUCACCCAAUACGCCAGAAGAACUUCAGAAUGCACUCGACGGAGAUUGUGGGCUCCUAUACGUUCCGAAGAAGUAUGUGCUAAAUUUUCACAUCCGGGAGCGAAAUGUAGACAGAUAAGAAAACGAUGAAGACAGCAUUUUUCCCUCGUAAACGAGUUGAUAAAAAUUGCCUUUAUUCUAAUGUCCUGAUAAAUUUGUACCUUUUUCUUUGAAUACAAGAGAAUUUUAAGUAAAGAAA